AUGGCUCCCUCCAUGAUGUCACUGAGGCAUACUGCACCCAAGCCUGAGGCCAAGCCCAAGAAGGCCAUCGUGAAGAAGGUGGUCGACGAUAAGGGGGCGAAGGCAAAGAAAGGCGGCCCCAAGGGGAAGAAGGACGACGGUCCUGCCCAGAACGGAGAGACCAAGACCAAUGAGAUCUAUGUGUCUCGUCCGUCUGUCAGUGUGUCCUCCAUCAGAAGCAUGGCUCCCUCCAUGAUGUCAGUGAGAGGGCAGAGUGAGACAGUCAGAGUUAAGGGUAUGGCUGAGUGUUUCUAACCCACCAUCGGUUUGUGUGUGUUUGGACGCUAACACUUUUGCAGCAAUCGUGUGUUAACCCUCUGAACUCCGAACCCCCGGCAUGCUACUUUAAAGAAAAGCACCCAGAUUACACAACUUUUCAAAACCAGAAAUGGUAAAAACAUGAAAAAAAAAUCAGGAAAUUUGGUGACUGACGUGCAGUUCUAAGAAGGAAAAUUAACCAAAUCUAAGCUUGGAACCAUGAUUUAGUCAUCAUUGUCACUUAGAUCUACAAGUCUAGUUUUAAAAUUUGUUAGACAAACUUUUAAUGCUCCUCGGCACAACUCGGAAACCAUGUCUGGCUCAGGAUGCGACCCCCAGUCUUGCAACAAAAAUCCUGGGUACAUUUGGCUGAACUGCAGGCUGUGUACACAGAGAAGAGACGACUAAAGAAACAAAUUAGAGCGAUUGAGAGCAAAAUA